AAAGUGAUGUCACAGGUAGCCAUCAUUCCCAAAUCCACCCAGUUCUUUAGCGCUUCUCGAGACAGGAUGGUCAUGAUGUGGGACCUGCAUGGCACCUCACAGCCAACGCAGCAACUAAGUGGCCAUGCCAUGGUGGUCACCGGAUUGGCUGUGAGCCCAGACUCAUCACAGCUGUGUACUGGCUCACGAGACAACACCUUGCUGCUGUGGGAUGUGGGGACCGGACAGUGUGUGGAGAGGGCAUCUGUUUCCAGGAACCUGGUCACCCAUUUGUGCUGGGUCCCCAGCGAGCCCUACAUACUUCAGAGCUCCGAAGACAAAACCCUCAGAUUGUGGGACAGUCGGGGCCUGCAGGUAGCUCAUAUGUUUCCCACAAAGCAGCACAUUCAGACCCACUGUGAAGUCAGCAUGGAUGGAUACAAAUGCAUCUCCUGCAGCAACGGCUUUGGGGGUGAAGGCUGUGAAGCCACACUGUGGGACUUGAGGCAGACAAGAAACAGAAUAUGCGAGUAUAAAGGGCAUUUCCAGACAGUUGCAUCCUGCGUCUUUCUACCAAGAAAAUCGACUCUGAUGCCCGUAGUUGCUACCUCAUCCCAUGACUCCAAGGUGAAGAUUUGGAACCAAGAUACCGGAGCAUGCCUUUUCACCUUGUCUCUGGAUGGAUCGGGACCUCUGACCUCCAUGGCUGUUGGUGAUACCAGCUUCUUGUUGUGUGCAAGCUUCCACCGAGGAAUUCACUUACUCAAAAUGAGCCAUGGCCAGGCACUGGAACUGCAGGAUGUGGCAGCAUUCUAAAGCCAAGAGACACUCACUGGACAAUAGCAAACUGUGGCCCUCUUUCCUCUGUGUGGCUUUUGUUUCCCACAUUAUCUCAGGGGAGUGGAAUGAAGGGCUUGGGCUCUUUCUUAGGUCACUGAGAAGGUAGAUCAGUGGGCUGGGAAUGUGGCUUAGUGGUAGAGUGCUUGCCUAGCAUGCAUGAAGCCCUGGGUU